GGAAGUUGUUGGUGAAAGAUGUCCUACGUUGCCAGUUUUCAAGAAAUGAAUGAAUGGAUUAUGGUUUGUCAUAACUGAUAGGUACUGUUGAUAAAAUAUGUGGUUCAAAAUGUCGUGAAUGAAGAUUACUGUCUUUCUGUGUCGGCGACUCCCCUAGACAAUCCCUUUAGCCGUUGGGGUGCCAUGGCAACCAGGAUGAAGUUGAAACUGAAGACUGUGUUCGUGCUUUACUUCAUGGUGUCACUAUUUGGCCUCAUCUACGCAUUGAUGCAGCUGGGCCAGCGCUGUGACUGCGCUGAGCACGACAUGCCCAAGGACCGUACCAUCUCCCGCCUGCGGGGGGAGCUGCACAGGCUGCAGGAGCAGAUGAGGAAGGCCGAAGCCACCAAACCCCCCCAGAAGCUCCCACUUAAGCCGGCCCUGCCCACCAUCUUUGUCAUCACCCCCACCUAUGCCAGGUUGGUCCAGAAGGCAGAGUUGACCCGACUGGCCCAGACCCUGCUCCAUGUUCCUCAGCUCCUCUGGAUCCUGGUGGAGGACUCCCCCCACAAGACGCCCCUGGUGUCGGCCUUCCUGCAGGCCAGCGGCCUGGAGUACACUCACCUGCACACCCCCACGCCCCGCGACAGGAAGCUGCAGGAGGGCGACCCCAGCUGGCUGAAGCCGCGAGGGGCAGAGCAGAGGAACGAGGGGCUGCGCUGGCUCAGGGAGGACCGCCGCGCCCAGCAGGGGGCGGAGCUACAGGAGGGCGUGGUCUACUUCGCUGACGAUGACAACACCUACAGCCUGCAGCUGUUUCAAGAGAUGCGCUCCACGCGGCGUGUGUCGGUGUGGCCGGUGGGGCUGGUGGGGGGGAUGAGGUACGAGAGGCCGGUGGUGGAGGGGGGGCGGGUCGUUCGCUUCCACACCGGCUGGCGUCCCAGCCGGCCCUUCCCAUUGGACAUGGCCGGCUUUGCCGUCUCCCUGCAGCUGGUCCUGGCCAAUCAGGACGCAUGCUUCGACGGAGAUGCGCCAAUGGGCUUCCUGGAGAGCAGCCUGCUGCAGGGAUUGGUCACCAUGGAGGAACUGGAGCCCAGGGCAGACAACUGUACCAAGGUGCUGGUGUGGCACACCAGGACUGAGAAGCCCAAGAUGAAGAGAGAGGACGCUCUGCAGAAACAAGGACUGGGAUCAGACACAGCUGUGGAGGUGUAGACACACACACGGUUACUUACACACGUACACACACACAGGGUUACACACACAUUCUCACACAAAAGGUUACUCACACACACACACACACACACAAUCUUACUCACACACACGGUUACUCACACACACACACACACACACACACACACACACACACACACACACACACACUCAUGCAAUCUUACUCACACACACAGUUACUCACACUCACUCUCUAACAUGCACAGAUACACAGGUUUCCUCACACAUAAUCUGUUAACAUGGACACACACACAGUAUGCAUGUGCCUACACACACACACACACACACAGAUAUUAGAACAAAGGUCCAGUCAAGCUCUGUUGGUGAUUCAACUGUAAAUGUACCUUGAUAUGUAAAUACUGUAAAAUACCACAUGUAAAGUUAACAUUGUGUGUAAAGUCAACUAUACAAAUGAAUACCAUAUGUUCUGUGUAAAGCAUGAAAGAUCAAGAUAUUUAAACUUGUGUACUUGUGACUGUUGUCGUUGGUGAUUGUGAAUGUAUGUGUGUGUUGUACUUACCAAUACUUUGAGUGUAUGUGUGAGAGAGAGACUGAGAGAGAGACUGAGAGAGAGACUGAGAGAGAGAGAGAGAGACUGAGAGAGAGAGAGAGUCUUAUUCGGCUAGCUCGGUUGUCUGUCAAUAUUGUGGUGCCUCAAUAGUGUAGUGCCUCUCUGAGUGAUGUCUAUUAUUUAUUAUCAUGUGUUAAAUGAAAUGUCUCUGUAGCCAUGGUAACUGUCCCCGAUCCUCUGUGACCAUGGUAAUAAAUGUCUCCAUCCCAGGGAAAUAAAACGAUAAAAACUGAA